AUGGAUCUAUGGAGAAGGAUCAGAUCUUCAAAGACAUCAAUUUUAAUUUCCAUUUCAUUUGCACUCUUCACAGAUAUGAUUUGCUAUGGAAUCAUUCUCCCUAUUAUGCCUGGAAUUAUGAAGAAUCAUUAUCACAAGUCCGAAGCAGUGACCGGUAUACUUUUUGCUAUGUUUUCAGCUGGAUGUCUAAUUGGAACACCGAUCGUUGGAAUCGCUUCAGAUAGAAUAGGCAGACGUACUCCUUUUCUCAUUGGAAUGGGUAUGCUUGCUGCAUCGACAAUGCUAUUUGCAUAUGGAAAUCACCUCGCCACACUAUUUAUAGCUCGUUUCGUACAGGGACUUAGCAGUGCUGUCGCUUGGGUGGUUGGACUGGCACUGAUCGCGGAUAUCUAUUCGAAUCAGGAAUUUGGAACUGUUAGUGGAUUGGUCAUCGGUGGAAACACAAUAGGAGCACUCUUUGGACCAAUCAUUGGAGGUGUCACUUACGAUCACUUUGGAUAUCUUACACCAUUCUAUAUUAGCGCUGCAUUUGUAAUUGCCGACUUGGUCAUACGUGUCCUGUUGGUCGAUGACAGCAAUAUCAAUACUCUCAAGAGAUUAAAAGAAUCGAAAUCCAACGACGUAAUUAAAUUGAUUAAAAACAAUCAACUUACUCUACAGGACGGUGCCAACUUUAUUGGAAUGGACGUAAUUCACGAUUAUAGUGGCAAUUUGGAACAGGAGCAAUCGGAGAAUCAACAACAUACUAUGGAGGUCAAUGAUAAUUUGGAACAGAAUUCAAUCACUACAAAUAAUGAUGAGAGUAUGGGAGCGACAGAGAUGAAUGAACAACUAAUAGAGAAACAAGAGGGAAAUGUGGUAAUUUCCAAUGAUUACAAAGUGGAGAGUAGAGAGAAAUAUUCAAAUUCACCAGAGAUUGCAUCGGUAGCAAUAGAUACUACCUCCAUAGUGGAGGAAAGCAAUACCAGCAAUGCAGCAAUUCUUACACCUACCACUAUCGAUUUGGAUGCCGAUGCCGAUGAACCAUUCGAUGAGGUUGCAUUCAAUGAGGAUUCCUCUCCCGCCAAGCCACCAAUGAUGAGUGAGCGUGAUUUUUACAAGAUGAUAGUAACCCGAGUAGAUGUCUGGCUGACGCUUUCCUCUAUCAUUAUUUUUGGCAUUGGAAUGUCUGCACUGGAGCCGAUAUUACCGCUGCUGGUUGAAGAUGACUACGGUCGUGGAAAGAGUACCAGUUCAACAGCUAUUCUAUUCGGAAUUUUUAUUGCACCAUUUUUGAUUCUCUCGCCAAUAGCUGGCUAUCUGACGGACCACAACUAUAUCACUAGAACCAAGAUGUCGGCGAUCGGUGCACUCAUAACAUCGAUAGCAGUUCCAUUUUUCAGUGGUCGACUCCCUCAUUUUGGCUUACUAUUUUUGGUAAUUCCUAUUAUAGGUGGCGGUCUUGCAUUGUUUUUCAAUCCAAUCAUCCCAAUUCUUACAUAUAUAGUGGAUCCUCAAGAAACAGGACAACACAACGCAAAGAUUCUCUCACUAUUCUGUGUGGUCUACAGUUUCGGUAUAUUAGUUGGACCUAUCUACAGUACGGUAUUCAAACAACAUCUCACACUAUUUGCAUUUACACUCUCCUAUUCAAUCAUUAUGUUUGUGAAUGCAAUUGUAUUCCUUUAUUAUUUUUAUAACAAACCAACUUCAAAAUAUCAAUCAAUGUUAAUAACAUUAAAAUAA